AUGUUUUUGCUGGUAAUAUUAUUUAUUGUACUGUCACUGCUGUAUUUCAUUUAUGGAUUAUUGGGCCGUAAAUUGACAAUUGGUGAAAUUGACAAAAAGGCGGUACUGAUCACUGGAUGCGGAAACGGAUUUGGCAGAGAUUUAGUGAAACGAUGUCUUCAGAAUGGGUUAACAGUUUUUGCAGGAUGUCGCCGCGCCAUUAGUGUAAAAGAAUUGGAAGAUAGCUACAGCUCAAUCAGUCAAGGUCGACUGUAUGCAUUCCAAAUGGAUGUAACCGAUGACGAGAGUGUCCGAAAAUCUCGAGAAAUCGUAGACACUGUUUUGAGAGAAAAAAAUCUCGUCUUUCACGCUCUAAUCAACAACGCUGGAGUGCGGGGCAAUAUCUUCUACGAUGACUUUUUGACCGUGGACGACUAUAAAGACGUGUGGGAAGUGAAUACGUGCGGCGUAAUUCGAGUAACGCAAACGUUUCGUGAUCUUAUCAAAAAGUCCAGAGGUCGAAUAGUGAUAUGCAGUAGUGCUACCACACUAUUUCCAGCAGCAGGCAAUGGUCCCUAUUCUUGCUCAAAGUUUGCCAUUCAAGCCUAUUGUAACAUUAUUAGGCAUGAAUUGCAACCAUAUGGAAUAGAUGUGAUAGAAAUUAUACCAGGAUCUUUUGAAACUGGUAUGCAAAGUUCCGAGAGAUUAAUAAAAAUGGCGGAUGAAGUAUGGCAUCGAGCAUCACAAAAAUUACGUGAUGAAUUUGGACAUAAUUAUAACGAGAAAGUAAGAAAAUUUAUAAGAGAACUGCAACAGAAUAUUGUGGAACAUGAUACAACAUUGGUUAUUGAUUCAUAUUAUGAAGCAAUCGUUGCAAAACGACCAAAUCUUUUGUAUCGUAUUGGCUGGGAUGUGUUAUUCCUGUAA